UGCAAAUCUCUGGUCGGUUCCGCACUCCUUGCCGCCGCCCCCCCCCCGCGGCACCUCUUGCAGCCGAUCCUCCAGAAACCACUUCUCGUCUCCUCCUCGUUGCCGUCGAAACAUAAGCACGUGUGACCGGAGAGAUCGCUCCUGAUCCUGCCCCUCCGGUUUGCCCGUUUGCCGGGCGGAGGAGGAUUUGUGGAGCAGAAGUUUUCGGCGCCACCACCAGCCACAUGGUGGAAGAUCGGAGUGGGAGGUGAAGGACGAGACGGAAGGGGGGGCCGGCAGCGGUGGCGGCGCAAAAAACCGAGAAAGGCAUCAUCAGGAGGUCAAGACGCGGGAACCAUGAAUGAGAUGUCCAGUUUCCUGCACAUUGGGGACAUUGUCUCCUUGUACGCCGAAGGGUCGGUCAACGGUUUCAUCAGCACUUUGGGGCUGGUAGAUGAUCGAUGUGUGGUGGAACCAGCAGCUGGAGAUCUGGAUAACCCACCCAAGAAGUUUCGAGAUUGCCUCUUUAAAGUAUGUCCCAUGAACCGCUACUCUGCACAGAAGCAGUACUGGAAAGCCAAACAAACAAAGCAGGACAAGGACAAGAUAGCUGAUGUGGUACUGUUGCAGAAACUUCAGCAUGCUGCACAGAUGGAGCAAAAGCAGAAUGAAACUGAAAAUAAGAAGGUGCAUGGGGAUGUGGUGAAGUAUGGAUGUGUCAUACAGCUCCUCCACAUGAAGAGUAAUAAAUACCUGACAGUGAACAAGCGCCUGCCUGCUCUGCUGGAGAAGAAUGCCAUGAGGGUGACACUGGAUGCUACAGGCAAUGAAGGUUCUUGGGUCUUCAUCCAACCCUUCUGGAAACUGAGGAGCAAUGGAGAUAAUGUAGUUGUUGGAGACAAAGUGAUCCUGAAUCCUGUGAAUGCUGGGCAGCCACUGCAUGCCAGCAACUACGAGCUCACGGAUAACCCAGGAUGCAAAGAGGUAAAUUCUGUCAACUGCAACACCAGCUGGAAAAUCAACCUGUUUAUGCAGUACUGCGACCAUAUGGAGGAAGUUCUUAAAGGGGGGGAUGUGGUCAGAUUGUUCCAUGCAGAGCAGGAGAAAUUCCUCACCUGUGAUGAAUACAAAGGCAAGCUGCAUGUCUUUCUUCGAACUACUUUACGACAAUCAGCUACAUCAGCCACAAGUUCCAAUGCACUCUGGGAGGUUGAGGUAGUACAUCAUGAUCCUUGCCGUGGUGGGGCAGGGCACUGGAAUGGCUUAUAUCGCUUCAAACACCUUGCCACUGGAAAUUAUCUGGCAGCAGAGGAGAACCCCAGUUACAAAGGAGAUACAGGGGAACCCAAGUCCUUGGCUGGAACCAGUCGCUCCAGUCGGAGAUACACAGGGGAAAAGAUCAAGUACCGAUUGGUGGCUGUGCCUCAUGGCAAUGACAUUGCUUCCCUUUUUGAACUGGAUCCUACCACACUACAAAAGACUGAUUCCUUUGUCCCUCGAAACUCCUAUGUCCGGCUGCGUCACCUCUGUACCAACACAUGGAUCCAGAGUACCAAUGUACCCAUUGACGUUGAUGAAGAGCGGCCCAUUCGCCUUAUGCUGGGCACAUGCCCCACCAAGGAGGACAAAGAGGCUUUUGCCAUUGUCUCUGUGCCAGUGUCAGAAAUCCGAGACCUGGACUUUGCCAAUGAUGCCAGCUACAUGCUAGCCAAUGUAGUGGACAAGAUGAAUGAAGGAUUCCUCAGCCAGAAUGAUCGAAGGUUUGUGAUCCAACUGCUGGAAGACUUGGUGUUUUUUGUCAGUGAUGUAACAAACAAUGGUCAGAAUGUUUUGGAUAUUGUUAUUACGAAGCCCAACCGAGAGAGGCAGAAACUCAUGAGAGAGCAGAACAUUCUGAAACAGAUCUUUGGGAUCCUGAAAGCUCCGUUUAAGGACAAGGGUGGGGAAGGCCCACUGGUGCGACUUGAAGAGCUUUCCGACCAGAAGAAUGCUCCCUACCAAUACAUGUUCCGCCUCUGCUACAGGGUGCUACGGCACUCCCAGGAGGACUAUCGAAAGAACCAGGAACACAUUGCCAAGCAAUUUGGCAUGAUGCAGUCCCAGAUAGGCUAUGACAUCUUGGCUGAGGACACUAUCACAGCCCUCUUGCACAAUAACCGCAAGCUUCUUGAAAAGCACAUCACCAAAACUGAAGUGGAGACCUUUGUGAGCUUAGUGCGGAAGAAUCGGGAGCCCAGAUUUUUGGACUAUCUAUCAGAUUUGUGUGUGUCAAAUCAUGUAGCUAUUCCUGUCACUCAAGAGCUGAUAUGUAAGUGUGUAUUGGAUCCAAAGAACACUGACAUCUUAAUCCAAACUGAGCUGAGGCCUGUAAAGGAGAUGUCACAGACUCAUGAAUACUUGAGUAUUGAAUUUUCUGAGGAGGAGGUUUGGCUGACAUGGACGGAUAGAAAUAAUGAUCAUCACGAGAAGAGCAUUCGGCAGUUAGCUCAGGAAGCACGAGCUGGCAAUGCUCACGAUGAGAAUGUUUUGAGUUACUAUAGAUAUCAGCUGAAACUGUUUGCCCGUAUGUGCAUGGACCGACAAUAUUUGGCCAUUAAAGAAAUCUCCAAGCAACUGGGGGUGGAACUAAUUUUCCUCUGCAUGGCAGAUGAAAUGUUGCCCUUUGAUCUUCGGGCUUCCUUCUGCCAUCUUAUGCUUCAUGUGCAUGUGGACAGAGAUCCCCAGGAGAAAGUGAUGCCAGUGAAAUUUGCACGUCUCUGGACCGAAAUUCCAACUGCCAUCACCAUUAAAGACUAUGAUGCCAAUGUGAAUAGCUCAAGGGAUGACAAGAAGAACAAGUUUUCCAGCACCAUGGAGUUUGUGGAGGACUACUUGAACAAUGUGGUCAGUGAAGCAGUGCCCUUUGCUAAUGAGGAGAAGAACAAACUCACCUUUGAGGUUGUCAGUCUUGCCCACAACCUGAUCUACUUUGGCUUCUACAGCUUCAGUGAGCUGCUGCGUUUGACACGAACUCUUCUUGGUAUCAUAGACUGUGUCCAGAACCCUCAGCUGAUGAUGCAGGCUGUGUUCAAUGAUGAUAUGACUGGAAAGAAUGUCCGGCGGUCUAUCCAUGGUGUGGGUCAGAUGAUGUCAACGAUGGUGCUGAGCAGGAAGCAGUCCAUCUUUGGUCCCUCAAAUAUAAAUGCUGUGGUUGUUCCUGAGCCAGCAGAUAGGGGAAGGAGCAUUGAAAAUGAAAACAUUGUAGUGAUGGAAACCAAGCUGAAAAUCCUGGAGAUUUUGCAGUUCAUCUUGAAUGUGCGUCUGGAUUACAGGAUUUCAUAUUUGCUCUCUGUCUUCAAGAAAGAGUUUGUGGAAGUGUAUCCCAUGCAGGACAGUGGGGCCGAUGGAACAGCUCCAGCCUUUGAUUCCACAACUGCAGCAAUGAACUUGGAUAGGAUUGGUGAGCAGGCUGAAGCCAUGUUUGGGGUCGGGAAAACAAGCAGCAUGUUAGAAGUAGAUGAUGAAGGCGGGAGGAUGUUCCUUCGUGUGCUGAUCCAUCUGACAAUGCAUGACUACCCUCCACUUGUCUCAGGCUCUCUUCAGCUUCUCUUCAAACAUUUCAGCCAGAGGCAGGAAGUCCUACAUACCUUUAAGCAGGUCCAGUUACUUAUCUCUGCUCAGGAUGUGGAAAACUAUAAAGUGAUUAAAUCAGAACUGGACAAACUGCGCAUGAUGGUGGAGAAGUCGGAGCUCUGGGUGGAAAAGAAAGGCAGCUCCAAGGGAGAAGAUCGACAAGAGGGAGAGAAGAAAGAGAAGAAAGAGCAUACCACAGAUGAAGAGCCUGGGACUCCUGGAGAAAAAAGCAGUGAGAAUUACCAACUGGUUAAGGGGAUUCUGGAGAGACUGAAUAAAAUGUGUGGGGUUGGUGAACAGAUGAGAAAGAAGCAGCAACGUUUGCUGAAGAAUAUGGAUGCCCACAAAGUGAUGUUGGACCUGCUUCAGAUCCCCUAUGAGAAGGGUGACACCAAGAUGCUGGAGAUUCUGAGAUUAACUCACCAGUUCCUGCAGAAGUUCUGUGCUGGCAACCAAGAAAACCAGGCCCUGUUGCAUAAGCAUCUGAAUUUGUUCCUGACCCCUGGGUUGUUAGAAGCAGAAACAAUGCAGCACAUCUUCCUGAACAACUAUCAGCUGUGCUCAGAAAUUGGUGAAACAGUGCUGCAGCAUUUCAUCCACUGCCUGGCCACGCAUGGACGCCACGUGCAGUACCUUGACUUUCUGCACACCAUCAUCAAGGCGGAGGGCAAGUACAUCAAGAAGUGCCAGGACAUGAUCAUGACUGAGCUGACCAACGCUGGGGAUGAUGUAGUGGUGUUCUACAAUGAUAAGGCCUCCUUAUCCCAUAUGCUGGAAAUGAUGACAGCAGCCCGAGAUGGAAUAGAGGAGAACAGUCCCCUCAUGUAUCACAUAUCGCUGGUGGAUCUGCUUGCUGCCUGUGCAGAAGGCAAAAAUGUAUACACAGAGAUCAAGUGCACAUCUCUGCUUCCACUGGAGGAUGUGGUGCGAGUAGUGACUCAUGAAGACUGCAUCACUGAGGUGAAGGUUGCUUAUGUAAACUUUGUCAACCACUGCUAUGUGGACACGGAGGUGGAAAUGAAGGAGAUCUACACGAGCAACCACAUCUGGACACUGUUUGAAAACUUUACCCUUGACAUGGCCAGAGUGUGCAAGAAACGUGAGAAGCGCAUGGCAGACCCUACUUUGGAGAAGUACGUGCUCACAGUAGUGCUGGAUACAAUCAAUGCCUUCUUCAGCUCUCCCUUCUCUGAGAACAGCACCUCUCUGCAGACCCAUCAGACAAUUGUGGUGCAGCUCCUCCAGUCUACCAUGAGACUUCUGGAAUGUCCUUGGCUGCAGCAGCAGCACAAGAGCUCAGUGGAGGCUUGUAUCCGCACACUGGCUAUGGUUGCCAAGAGCCGCUCCAUUGCAUUGCCCAUGGACCUUGAUGCUCAUGUCAGCUCCUUGCUGAAUAGCAGUUCCAUCACUAAUGCGCAGAGGAAUGCCGCCAACUACAAGACAGCCUCACGUGCUUUUCCUCGAGUCUCAGCCACAACAAACCAAUGGGACUACAAGAACAUCAUUGAGAAGCUGCAGGACAUCAUCAACGCACUUGAGGAGCGCUUGCAACCUCUGGUGGAAGCUGAACUUUCAGUCUUGGUGGAUGUUCUGCACCGUCCAGAACUGCUUUUCAUGGAGGGGACUGAGGCUUACCAGCGUUGUGAAAGUGGUGGUUUCCUCUCCAAACUGGUGCAGCACACCAAAGACCUGAUGGAAGCAGAGGAGAAGCUCUGCAUUAAGGUGUUGAGAACACUGCAGCAAAUGCUGGUAAAGAGGAACAAAUAUGGAGACAGAGGCAACACAUUGAGGAAAAUGCUUUUAGCUAAUUACUUGCAAACCAAAAGGUCUGGCUCCAAAGGGGAGAUUGUUGAUCCUUCUGGAACUGGCCAAGACCAGGACUGGUCAAUAAUAGCUGCCAUUCAGUGCCGUCUGGACAGAGAAGGGGCCACCAAGCUCGUAUCAGAUCUUAUCAUGAACACUAAAAAUGAGAAGAUCUUUCAAGAGAGCAUCCUCUUGGCUAUUCGACUGCUUGAUGGGGGCAAUACAGAGAUACAGAAAUCAUUCUAUAACUUGAUGACCAGUGACAAGAAAUCGGAAAAGUUCUUUAAAGUACUGCAUGACCGGAUGAAGAAGGCUCAGCAAGAGGUUAAAUCCACAGUCACUGUGAACAUGAGUGAUAUUGGCAACAAGCCUCGGGAAGACAAAGACUCUCCUGAACAUGGCAGUAAAGAACGUGUGACAACUUUCAUGCUGCCCAGCGCACCAUCCCGUUAUCCAAUGGGUCUAGGCUUCCGGGCUGGCCAUGAUGCAAGAGACAGAGGCCAGAGCAAUGAAAUGGGUGUGGCAGUCUUGAUUAUGGAGCCAAUUCUUCGCUUCUUGCAGCUUCUGUGUGAGAAUCACAACCGGGAUUUGCAGAACUUCCUACGCUGUCAGAACAAUAAGACCAACUACAAUUUGGUGUGUGAGACGCUGCAGUUUCUGGAUAUCAUGUGUGGCAGUACCACAGGACGGCUGGGCUUGUUGGGCCUCUACAUCAAUGAAUAUAACGUAGCCCUCAUCACACAGACAUUGGAGACCCUGACAGAAUAUUGCCAGGGACCCUGUCAUGAGAAUCAGAGCUGCAUUGUGACUCAUGAAUCAAAUGGAAUUGACAUCAUCACAGCCCUGAUCCUUAAUGACAUCAGCCCCCUCUGCAAGUACAGAAUGGAUUUGGUUCUUCAGCUGAAGGACAAUGCUUCCAAGCUUUUGCUUGCCUUGAUGGAAAGUAGGCAUGACAGUGAGAAUGCUGAGCGGAUUCUCAUCAGCCUCCGGCCCCAGGAAUUGGUUGAUGUGAUUAAGAAAGCCUAUCUUCAAGAAGAAGAAUGUGAGAACUCUGAAGUUUCCCCCCGGGAGGUUGGACACAAUAUCUACAUUUUAGCCUUACAGCUUUCUCGACACAACAAGCAGCUUCAGCAUCUAUUGAAACCUGUGAAACGGAUUCAGGAGGAGGAAGAAGAGGGGAUCUCUUCUAUGCUUAUUCUGCACAACAAACAGCUGACCCAGAUGCUGAAAUCAACAACUCCUGUCCAAGAGGAAGAGGAAGAUCCUUUAGCGUAUUACGAGAAGCACACAUCCCAGAUAGAGAUUGUCCGCCUGGAUCGAAGCAUGGAGCAGAUAAUCUUCCCUGUGCCUAACAUCUGCGAGUUCCUAACAAAAGAGACAAAAUACCGGCUGUUUACCACUACAGAGCAGGAUGAGCAGGGCAGCAAAGUCAGUGACUUCUUCGAGCAGUCAUCUUUUCUCCACAAUGAGAUGGAAUGGCAGAGGAAACUACGUAGCAAUCCACUGAUGUACUGGUUCUCCCGCAGAAUGACACUCUGGGGAAGUAUCUCCUUCAAUCUGGCUGUCUUCAUAAACAUCAUCAUUGCUCUCUUCUAUCCUUAUGUUGAAGCAUCCUCCAUGGGAUUAUUGGAUUCCCCUCUGAUCCCCCUGCUUUCCUGGUUUUUAUUUUGUUUCUCCAUCAUGGCUCUGUUUACACGCCGAUAUGGUAUCAGACCACUCCUUGUGGCUUUGGUCCUGCGAUCCAUCUACCACCUGGGCAUUGGCCUCACACUCAAUAUACUGGGAGCUCUCAAUCUGACAAAUAAGAUUGUGUUUGUGGUAAGCUUCGUGGGCAAUCGUGGGACAUUCAUUCGAGGAUAUAAGGCCAUGAUCAUGGAUAUGGAAUUUCUUUAUCACGUCGCCUAUAUUGUCACCAGCAUCUUGGGACUCUUUGUCCAUGAACUUUUCUACAGCAUCUUGCUGUUUGAUUUGAUCUACCGGGAGGAGACCUUAUUUAAUGUCAUCAAAAGUGUGACGCGAAACGGACGCUCCAUUCUGCUGACCGCUCUUCUGGCCCUCAUCCUCGUCUACCUCUUCUCCAUUGUAGGCUUCCUCUUUCUGAAAGAUGACUUCAUCAUGGAAGUAGAUCCAUUGCCCAACAUCAAAGCUAAAGCUACCCAUCCCUUGGGAAUGCAGGCAAGCAUGGAUGCUUUUAUGGAGUCGUGCAGUGCUGACAAUAUUAAUUGCACUUCUCAUGUAACUGUGUCUGAAGUGAUAGAAGAAGAGGAUGGUGAUAACACAGAGCGUGCCUGUGACACACUGCUCAUGUGUAUAGUCACAGUGCUGAAUCAUGGCCUGAGAAAUGGAGGUGGUGUGGGCGACAUCCUCAGGAAACCAUCAAAAGAUGAGUCUCUGUUCCCUGCUCGAGUCGUCUAUGACCUCCUCUUCUUCUUCAUUGUCAUAAUCAUAGUCCUCAAUCUCAUCUUUGGUGUCAUAAUUGACACCUUUGCAGAUCUGAGAAGUGAAAAGCAGAAGAAAGAGGAGAUCCUAAAGACAACGUGCUUUAUAUGUGGGCUUGAAAGGGACAAGUUUGACAACAAGACUGUGUCCUUUGAAGAACAUAUUAAAUAUGAGCACAACAUGUGGAAUUACCUCUACUUUAUAGUGCUGGUGCGAGUGAAGAAUAAGACGGACUACACAGGGCCCGAGAGCUAUGUAGCACAAAUGAUCAAGAACAAAAAUUUGGACUGGUUCCCACGGAUGCGUGCCAUGUCUUUAGUCAGCAAUGAAGGUGAAGGGGAACAGAAUGAGAUCCGGUGUCUACAAGAUAAAUUGAAUUCCACCAUGAAGUUGGUAUCCCACCUCACAUCACAGUUGAAUGAACUGAAGGAGCAGAUGACAGAGCAAAGAAAGCGAAGGCAGCGGAUGGGCUUUGUGGAUGUCCAGAACACUCUAAACCACUGAGAUAGCAAAAUCCAAUUUACCCAAGUUAAAACUGGAAUAAACAUAAGCACUUCCUGUGGGAGGUAUUUGGUACUAUGCUGACAGCAUCAAUCUCAUUGCCAAGGAAAGCUGACCCCAUGCUAUGAUUCCUACUGUGGGAGCCUCAGCACCACCUUCUGUUCAUCUCUUGUAGAACUGAAUACAGACAAGUUUAUUCAGCGAGACAGACCUGAAGCUAAUGAGUAGCAAGAUUUCUUGCUUCAUGAAGAUUCGUAGUUUACCAUACAUUUGAGAGUUUAGUUGCUCUGUAUAAUUCUGUUCUUACAAAUCUUUCCUCAUGCACUACAUUUUGAUGGCUACCUAGCCAUGUGACAAUUAUUGACAGUUAUUAGCAACUAGUAGUUUGCUGCAUCUUAAUUUAUUCCAGACGAGUCAACUGAAGGACAACAUACAUGGAUUUUUCUUUACAAGUAUGUCAUCUCAAGUCCUCCGACGACAGUGCCGUGAUCUUGUGUCUAGAAUUCUAUCUCACAUAAGAGGACGUAGCAAGAAAAUAUACUGUUAGAUUAGUUUUUCAGAUGAAGAUGGAACAUUAUUUUGUCAGGACAUGAAAGGGCCAUUUGCCUUACAAGGAGACUUCGUGGUCAUGAGUAGGUUACCUGUUCAUGUUGCACUGUGAAAGGGUGAUCUGUGUUUCUCCUGCCUCUUCCACAUCGUUCAGUAGCAGGCAGUGCACUUAAGUUCAUCCUGUUUCUAGGGAACAGGAGGCUUCAGAGUUAAAAUAUUUCAACCUGCUGCAGCCAGGUAUCAGUCUAGCUUCACUAUCACCAAUAGUGAUCAGAACUGACACUGAAGCAUCACUGGAUAGUUUAUUGUAAAUGCACUGGAGAGGCAAAAGAGGGACUAUUACAGAGCUGCAGUUUUAGAAGUUCCUUUGGCAGGAUUCCAUGUGUGAACCCACCCUCCUACACUGCUCUGCUCGCUGUCUAGACAGUGAUGGAGAAUGCGUCUUGCUUCUAUAGGCAACUGUUACCUGUAGGCAAAACAAAGGGUUAAAAUGCAAGGUACAACUGACUAUAACACCCAACAGGAGUGCUUCCAAAUGGAGGUGUCUUACAGCUGUAACACAAAUGGCAUUGUGCAACAAGCCCAAUUUCCUUAUAAUUUUUUUCUGAACUUCUUUUUUUCUUCCAUUUUGUGUGGAGGAAAAAA